GACGCGAGACAUAGCGGAAGUCCCUCCAGACGCGGUGUUGUGCUGUGGGGAAGAGAGACGGAUUUGUAAACCCCGGAGCGAGGUUUUUGCCUAUCCGAGACCGCUGCUGUGCGGAGACCCCGGGUGAAGCCACCAUCACCAUGUCUGACCAGGAGGCAAAACCUUCAACUGAGGACUUGGGUGAUAAGAAGGAAGGAGAAUACAUUAAACUCAAAGUCAUUGGACAGGAUAGCAGUGAGAUUCACUUCAAAGUGAAAAUGACAACACAUCUCAAGAAACUCAAAGAAUCAUACUGUCAAAGACAGGGGGUUCCAAUGAAUUCACUCAGGUUUCUCUUUGAAGGUCAGAGGAUUGCUGAUAAUCACACUCCAAAAGAACUGGGAAUGGAGGAAGAAGAUGUGAUUGAAGUUUAUCAGGAACAAACGGGGGGUCAUUCAACGGUUUAGAUAUUCUUUUUAUUUUAUUUUCUUUUCCCUCAGUCCUUUUUUAUUUUUAAAAAUAGUUCUUUUGUAAUGUGGUGUUAAAGAUUGAAUUGAAAGCUGACCCCCCACCCCAUGUCUUUAAAACAUCUGGUAAUUUGAAUUCUAGUGCCCAUUUAUUAUUGUUUUGUUUUCAUUGUGCUGAUUUUUGGUGAUCAAACCUCAGCCCCCUUCAUACUGCCUCUCUCCUUUUUAAAUAUUACAUGUGUGCACAGGGAGGCCACUUUUUUCUGGACUGUGCAUUUUCAGGCUUGUGAUAAAUGAGGUCGACCAAUGCAAGUGUUCAUAAUGACAUUUCUAAUUGGCCCCGAAGUUCUAGCAUGUGAUUGCUUCACUCCUGGACUAUGACUUUUAGUGGGAGAUGGAAGUUUUUCAGAGAACUGAACUGUGGAAAAUGACCUUUCCUUAACUUGAAGCUACUUUUAAAAUCUGAAGGUCUGGACCAAAAGAAGAGGAAUAUCAGGUUGGAGUCAAGAUGACAGAUAAGGUGAGAGUAAAGACUAACUCCAAAGAUGGCUUCACUGAAGAGAAAGCAUUUUAAGAGUAAAGAAAAAUCUUGUCAGAAGAUCCCAGAAAAGUUCUAAUUUUCAUUAGCAGUUAAUAAAGUAUUCAUGCAGAAGUGUGUACAACAGAACACUGCUUUUUUAUUUUAUUUGUACUUUUUGGCCUGGGAUAUGGGUUUUAAAUGGACAUUGUCUGUACCAGCUUCAUUAAAAUAAACAAAAUAUUUGUAAAAAUCAUACUAAUGUUCUAUUUUAUUUUUAAUUGUAUAGAAAGAAAAAGAAAAUGGCUAAAAUAAGAUUUUCUUGCAUAAUACUGGAAAUUAUUGUUUGUACGUAGUACAAAUUUCUUUUCAGUACUGUACAGUGAUGAUGAUCAUGACUUUGAAGCACUGAAAGUUACUGAAGUGCCUUCUGAAUUAAGGAUUUAAUUAAGGCCACAAUACCUUCUUAAAUACUCAGUGUUCUGUUUUUUAAAAUACUUGAUAUUUCUGUAUGGUGCAUAUAUAUGAUACAGUUACCCAAUCAUGUUGAAUAAAUGGGCACGCUAAAAAUUCUUAAUUGAUUUAUAUUGACAGUUUCAGUUUUUCCUUCAACAAAAUGUUUCUCUGCUUGCUUAAGGUUUGGUAUAUUUUGUUUAUAUUUCCCUUUAUUUCUUUAUAUCUUACAUACUUAAAUUGUAUAAAAUUAAAGUACCAAAUAAGUUUCUAUUAGAGGGCUUAACCUUUUAACUUUUUAAUGAAUCACAGAAUUCAGUAUAUCUAUGCAUAUACAUAAUCCAGGUUCAUGUUAUCCCAAAUAGAAUGUCAUCUGAGCAUUUGAGAAGAGCAAAUAAAACCUAUCUCUAAUGCAUUUUAUAAAUGUUAUAAAUCCAGGUCACCUCUUGAAAAAUAAUUGGCUUGCCUUAUAAAUUCUUGUAUCUGAUCCUAUAUGAAAAAUUAUUUGUAUUAUACAUAUAUAGUCUAGGCAAAUUAGAGCUUUUAGAUCAUUACCUGGCAUUUAUUACAUUAUAUUAAACAGUAACUAGAAAUCAUUUGUAGAAAACCCCCAUUGAAUUGCAUAUUUCUAUCAGGCCUGAGUAACACACCUGAUAGACUGAGCAAUCCAGAAUGUGUGAAUAUGUGAUUUGGUAUCUUAUUUUUGUUUGCAUCUCUGAAGGCUGUCAGCAUUUAGGUGGUAGAGCUUAGCUACUGGGGAAAUAAUUUUUUGUUUUCAGUUAAUUGGAUUCUUCCAAAAUUAACUGAAAGUUAGCACUGCAUUCUGCUAUGGUUAACUUUCAAAUGUGCUUAUCUAGUGUAGUAGUGCUGGUAAAAUAGGCCGUUCACAUUAACAGUUUAAUAGAUUAUCACAUUUGGAAGGGACCUUGAAUAACAUUUAGUGUAGCCACUCUACAUAGUGCUUGACUGCAACAUCCUAAACUUGUAAAAGAAGGGAGAAAAUAAAAUCAGUAAUGGUAAUUUGCCCCACAGGGAUGUUUUCCUUGGGUGUUCUUUCUUCUGUUCUUGGUUGAAUUAUUUGAAAUGCACCUUUCUCAUCUGAUAAAUUAAUUGAAAGAAAGAAAGAAUGAAUGAAUUUGUAAGUAGGGUCAACAAGUUUGAGAAAAAGUGUGACAUUAAAUUCACUAUAACUGAUAGCCAGUGUUUGGGUCAUUUUAUUUCUAUUAUACAUUUUUUAAAAAAGAAAAAUAAGCAUCAAAUCUAAGUUCAAUAACAGUAAUACAGAAUCAAAAUUAAACUUGAUUUCUGGAUUGUAGAAGCACAGUUCCUAUAGAAGGUGAAUACCUUAUAAGCAUUAGUGGGAAAUUUGAGGGAAUCAUCUGUAAGUACCAAGUUUUUCAGCUGUGGACAGUGAAGUAGAGUGUAGGGCAAAGGAAAUUUGUGGGAAAAUUCAGUUUCAGAUAAUGCUUGCUUUAAUAUCCUUUUAUAGAUCUUUGCUGAGGCUCUUUCAUCCCCUUUAAUGAUCAUUCUAUGAUAAAACUAGGUAUUAAAUAUAUGUUAAAGACAAAUUAUCUAAUCAAGACUCUUCCUUGACAGAGUCAGUGUGAUUUUUAAAAUGGGGCAAUUAUGUGAGUGAUGAGUUCUUCAAAUCACAGUUGGAAGGAAAACUUUAAGAUUUGUUCAUUUUCAGGGCACUAGGACGGUUUGCUGUCCAGGAGAAUUUUUGUGAUGAUGAAAAUAUUCUCUACCUGUGCUGUCCAGAAUGGUAGCUACUAGCCACAUGUGGUUAUUGAGCACUUGAAUUGUGGCUAGUGUGACUGGAGAAUUGAAUGUUUAAUUUACAUUUAAGUAGCUACAUAUGGCUUCUUAUUGGACAGUGUAGUUCUAGAAACUCUACUUUGGCUCAUAUUGCCAAAUGAACAUUUACCAAGUAAUUACCUUGUUUUAAAUAGAUACUAGAGUUUAGAUUCUUAGGAUGAAAUGGAUGUAGUUUUGCUUUAUAAAGACAGUAUAAUGAUAUUCUUAAUGUGUAUAAAUUAGUUUCUCUUAGCUUACUCAGAAUUAUUUGCGUUGAAGAAUAUCCAUUUACCUGCAACUCAGAUGACAAAAAUGAUGAAAAAGAAAUACCUGAACUACCCUCAGACUAUGAUAGCAUCUUACUGAAACGAGGCACCAAAGCUUCUGGAUUUAUGCAGUGCCAGAGAACGUAAAGAAUUUACGUGAGCGAAGAGUGUAAGUGGGUUGAGUCAAGUCUUAGUGGCAGUGAGCAUUGGUGAAUGGAGUGAACUUCCCAGAGCUAAGUUAGGUGUGGGAGGAGGU